AGCGACGCCAUCUUUACGCCAGUUGCUACCGGUGGGUCUUCGGUCCAGCGGAGCGGCAGUGCUGUUGCUGAUCCACCACCAGGAACCGCCGAGCAGCCGUUAAUCCCUUUCCUUUCCACCGGGACGCCGCGAACAGUCCCAGUCACCCCCGAGCACCAUGGCAGACAGAGAGAACCUAGUAUACCAGGCGAAACUCGCCGAGCAAGCGGAGAGAUACGACGAAAUGGUGGAAUCGAUGAAAGAAGGUGGCCAGUAUGGACGUGGAGCUGACGUGAGGGAGAGGAACCUGCUUCUCGGUAGCAUAAAGAACGUGAUCGGAAGAGCUUCCUGGAGGAUAAUCAGCAGCCUCGAACAGAAAGAAGAAAACAAAGGCGGAGAAGACAAAUUAAAGAUGAUCCGAGAAUACAGGAAAACGGUCGAGAAAGAGCUGAAAUCAAUCUGCAACGACAUUCUGGAUGUACUGGACAAGCACCUCAUCUUAGCUGCAGUCGCGGGAGAAUCUAAGGUUUUCUACUACAAAAUGAAGGGAGAUUACCACAGGUACCUGGCAGAGUUUGCCACAGGCAACGACAGGAAGGAGGCGGCAGAGAACAGUUUGGUUGCGUACAAAGCUGCUAGCGACAUCGCCUUGAUCGAACUCCCUCCAACGCACCCCAUUCGUCUGGGAUUGGCCCUUAACUUUUCAGUUUUCUAUUAUGAAAUCCUCAACUCGCCGGACCGCGCUUGCAGGUUGGCGAAGGAAGCGUUUGACAAUGCCAUCGCAGAACUGGACACGCUGAGCGAGGAGAGCUAUAAGGACUCAACACUUAUCAUGCAGUUGCUACGUGACAACUUGACACUAUGGACCUCAGACGUGCAGGGAGAUGGUGAAGAACAGAACAAAGAAGCACUGCAAGAUGCGGAGGAAGAGACCCAGUGAGACUGAACAACACAAGACAAGCCCUCCUCCUCCUCCUCCUCCUCUUCCUCCUCUUCUUUCUCUCCUCCCAGCACUCGCUCCUGUCCCCAGCCACAACUGGGUUUAUACCGCAGCCCACACUCUUUCUCUACCUUCUCCUCCAUUUCUUACCCAUCUGUCUCACCUUUUCUCCCCCCCCCUCCCUCGUAUGCACGUCAUCUCCCAGCGCCCCCACUCGGGCCUCCGUUCCCACUCCCACCCUCACCCUCUCACCCCCUCCCUCGGGGGUUUUACCUUAUGUUUUUUUUUUUUUUUUGAUGACUCAUUUUUGCAAGCCUGUACCCUUUAAAAAAAAAAAAGGUUCAUGUCCUCUUUUACUGUCUUUAUUUUUAUUUUUUUUUGCUGUAUCAUCUGUUGCCAAGUACGCUUGCCUGUAUUUGUAACACACACACUUACACACACACACACACACACAUAUGCAAGAGUUUAUUUAAAGAUACUUUGCUGGGUUUUUUUGUUGUUUUUUUCCUGUGUGUAUGUGUGUUUCUGAACAAUAUCGUGUCCGUGCUUCUGUCGGGUCGGUUUUGGAAGAACAACAGCAGUGAUGGAAGGUUUAAAAAGGGAUGCGUUAAAGCUUUUAGGACAAACUAUAAGUGCCCUCUUUUACUUUGUGGUUACCAAACCUGCUCCUUCAACACAUCAAUAGGUUGUUUUUUUGUUUUUUAAAUAA